GCAUCUUUUUUGAAGAGUAGUGGUGAAAACCCUUGGUACUAUGAGGAGCAUUGGAAGGUGUGUAGUGGCAUUCACUUCAGUGAAUGACUACAGGGUUAGGUCUUUGUGCAUGUUAUGAAAUAAUGAACACAAACUCUUUUCAAUGAAUAGACAACCAACACGUUGACUAACAAUAAAGCCAUUAAACUGUGCGCAGAUUGAAAUGCACAAAUGACAUUUAGAGUCUUCAUAGCCAUUAACAUCCAGGCUUAAUUCUGACAGUAGUGGGCACAAGAAAAAACGCGCGCGAGAAGGAGACACGCGUGUCUCCCUAGCGCGCGCCCGUUCUCUCUUUCGCCCACUACUUCCAAGCACCUGCUACGCAGGCUAACUGAUGUGAUACAACUCACUUUAACUCUGAAGAAGACUACCCCACAGGUUAUCAGUGCUGAAAUACAUGAAUAGGAAAAUCGUUACAACUUUGUUUAACUUUUUUUAGUUUUAAUGCACCAUUUAUAGGGCUUUUUAUAUCUUUGUAUCAUUUAAACUAUUUUGUUUUUCUAGAGUCUUGAAAAAUGGGGUAUGCAUUACCUGCGUAAGGCCCUUGCCAUUUUGGAAAAGUUCGAAAAGUGAGUGACUUUUUAAAUCGCUUAAAUAUUCUUUACCACACAAAGGUGUCUGCAUUCCAUCAAAGAAUUUCCAGUCGUUCUUCCAUCCUCCCCCUAACUAUGCUAUAUCUUGUGUGUUAUAUUUUCUUUAACAUUUCUGUGUAUAGCUGUAGUUUGCCGCCCACUCUGUUUGCACGCUUGUGUUUGGGCAUUUCUGACACGUUUGAAACUCUUCCACAACCUCUCUUGCAGCACCAACACCAUCUCCUGCAGCACCUGUGUAUAAUGUACAGUUAUAAUAGUAUUAUGUCAGAAAGAAAAUUCGAACCAGUUACCUUCGUGAAUGGAGAGUAUGGUGAUCCUAAGUCAUACUCUAGGUUUGUGUGAGCUACGCAUCCUAACUACCUAGCAUCACCAUUGCUCAUUCUAGAGCACAAAGGAUACAUGUUCGAUUUAAGCCUGACAGCUGGCUUGUUUCUUUUUAUGGGAGGCAUAUUGCCGCGUCUAAACUUGGUAUAACAAUGACACUAAGAAACCCUCUUAGAGGGGGGGUAGAUCACGCUGGUCAGAAUUUCAAAACCCAUCAUUUCUUGUAUUGAGAGGAAGGCCAUGUCCCUGUCGGUAUUUUACUACUACAUUUGUUCUCAACUUCGUCACUGUUAAAGUUUCAACCCAUCUGUUGUCGUUUGUCGUCAUUUCAGCUGUUUUUGUCGCUGUUUCGAGGCCAAAUUACUUGUCAACAUUUUACCCAAGCAGGACCUCUGUCACGCAUCACGUGCCCCAGCAUAGUUUGUCAAGGGUUGUAGCUCAUAUGCAGCAGACAGCCUGACUCUCUAGCUGAAUAUUUGAAACGUUAUGCACGAAUAAAAGACGUCACAUGACCCAUUGCUUUUCACUAUUCUCAAAAUGGCGCGCUUGCAUGCAGGCUAACUGCAGAUCUUCAUUUGCUUGCUGCUUUGGGAGUCCAGCUUCUUUGUCUCGUCAGUACUCUUUAAUCUGAUGAAUGCUAAAAAUAAGACAACAAUUUAAAGCGCGGUAUUUUCAACUCUGACCUUCAAGUUAUUGUCUUCUUCUUCCUUCUUUAAUUCUUAUAAACUGGACCUUUUUCUGUGUUUUUAAUUUCAAUUAUAUAUUUGUUAACGUAAAAUUCUGCCUUUUUUAGGGAUGAGAGUAUGCCGUAUUGUGAUAAGCCCCUCUUUCCUGACGUGUUUGACACAUUACAGGUCAGUGAAAUACAAAACCGGACCGUUUUUGUUUAAUUGGUCUGAAUUAUUAUUUUUGAUUCAACGUUCUUCGUCAUUGUGAAAUUCCGGGACUUGAAUUUCCAUUGAUCAUUCAGACAAAUAGCUCAUAAAUGUUGCUUGCCCAGAGCAUAAAUAGUUUCCUGUCUGGUGGGAACAAUUUCCUUGUCUGACCUACACAAAUAUUGUUGUCUCUAGUAUUUUUCUGUUCACUUCCCCUGGUUGUUCCCAUUUCUACCUUGGUGCUAGCACUCGGAGUUUCUUGGGAACUUCCUGUACUGUACUGUUAACAACUGCGCCGCUGAGUGGAGGUGGGUGCCCGGGAUGUCCAGGGGCUCCCACCUAUGGCACGGCCAGCCCCUAGACAGAGUUACGCCCCCAUGGCUGGCAAACCCACGCCCUCCAGCCAUGAGCCCCCACGCCAAUGGAACCAGGCACCCGUCACACUGAUUAACAGUGGAACAAUUAAGGGGGGUGGGGGGGAGGGAUGGGGGUAAAAGAAUGAUCCAAAGGCUAAACGAAGAGAAUGGCCUACAUGAAAACACUGUACUGAGCACAUGGAGGUGAUGCAAGCAAGGCUGACCGCGCUUGAGCCAAACGACCGACCGCUGACCACGCUCGCGCUCCUUGUUGUUAACUCUUUUAAAUAAAUAUUUAUUUAACCUCAUUAAAAAGCCUCACAUUCAACAGGCCUGUCUGUUAUUGGCUCUUUUAUCGCUAGGAGCAUGAUGUGAGAGCAGAGCUCCAAUCAGUGCGCCUGGCCAUCGGUGGAGCGUUGAUGAAAGAGGGCAAGCUGUUCGACGCCAUGGAAAUGUUUGAGCAAGUGAAAACUCCCCCAGGAAUGUACAAUCUCGCACAGGUAAUCUUCAAACAGUAAACUGCUGUUUUCCUCGUAAGGGCUUACGGUAAUAUCAACACGGCUGUACCUUGGGAUAAUUUUGUAAAUUGUGAAUUCUUACGUCAGUUAAAAAUCCGUAACCCAGAGUAAAAGGGGUAAAGUACAGAAGGCGAAGGUGCAUAAAAAAGUUCGGCCAAAAGUUCUUUCAGAGUGAUUAAACAUCCUCUUUUUUAAUCUUACUCUUUGUAGUCCUCCCUCAUCAUACACACCUCUGUCUUUGCAUGUCCAACAGAGAUGCACUUGGCUUGAGGGUUGUGGUGUCGUUAUGAGACAUUUGAAGACAUCGCAUGAAUUAUAAACUAUUCCCAACAAAGUUCAUUUUGCACGUGAUAAAACCCUUGCCCUCAAAAAUGAAAUUCAGAAUAGGAAAGUUCUUCUUGAAUGGUCACACCAUAAAGUUUUUGUCCACGGACUCCAAAGUUAGGUGUCUUAAAAUUAGGGGGGGGGGGGGGUAAAUCACUCUGGUCAGAAUUUCUAAACCCAUCAUUUCUUGUAUUGAGAAGGAAGCCAUGUCCCUGCCGGUAUUUUACUAUUAUAUUUGUUCUCAACUUCGUCACUGUUAAAGUUUCAACCCAUCUGUUGUCGUUUGUCGUCAUUUCAGCUGUUUUUGUUGCUGUUUCAAGGCCAAAGAACUUGUCAGAAUUUUACCCAAGCAGGACCUCUGUCACGCAUCACGUGCCGCAGCAUAGUUUGUCAAGCGUUGUAGCUCAUAUGCAGUAGACAGCCUGACUCUCUAGCUGAAUAUUUGAAACGUCAUGCACGAAUAAAAGACGUCACAUGACCCAUUGCUUUUCACUAUUCUCAAAAAGGCGCGCUUGCAUGCAGGCUAACUGCAGAUCUUCAUUUGCUUGCUGGUUUGGGAGUCCAGCUUCUUUGUCUCGUCAGUACUCUUUAAUCUGAUGAAUGCUAAAAGGAAGACAAUAAUUUUAAGCGCGGUAUUUUCAACUCUGAGCGUCAAGUUAUUGUCUUCUUCUUCCUUCUUUAAUUGUUAUAAACUGGACCUUUUUCUCUGUUUUUAAUUUCAUUUAUAUAUUUGUUAACAUAAAAUUUUGCCUUUUUUAGGGAUGAGAGUAUGCCGUAUUGUGAUAAGCCCCUCUUUCCUGACGUGUUUGACACAUUACAGGUCAGUGAAAUACAAAAACGGAGCGUUUUUUUUAAUUGGUCUGAGUUAUUAUUUUUGAUUCAACGUUCUUCGUCAUUCUGAAAUUCCGGGGCUUGAGUUUCCAUUGGUCAUUUAGACAAAUAGCUCAUAAAUGUUGCUUGCCCAGAGCAUAAAUAGUUGCCUGUCUGGUGGGAACAAUUUCCUUGUCUGACCUACACAAAUAUUGUUGUCUCUAGUAUUUUUCUGUUCACUUCCCCUGGUUGUUCCCAUUUCUACCUUGGUGCUAUAACCAGUUGCAAAAGUACUUGAGACACUGUACCGUAUUUUGGCUUAAAUGGCUUGUCCAUGAUCUUGUGCUUGUGACCCCCCCUCCACCCCUUUUCAAAGUUGCUAGCAAUACAAGACCAUGCUCAAAACUUGGAGGAACAACUUUGAAUGGGGGGAGGGGGAAGGUCAGUAUUUUAUCUCACAGACCUCUGACUAGCAGCGAUUUGAAGCAAAACAGGUUGUUUUUCCGUGAGAGUGUCUCAACAUUUUUGCAACUGGUUGUAGCACUCGGAGUUUCAUGGGAACUUCCUGUACUGUACUGUAAAAAGCGUAACAUUCAACAGGCCUGUCUGUUAUUGGCUUUUUUAUUGCUAGGAGCAUGAUGUGAGAGCAGAGCUCCAAUCAGUGCGCCUGGCCAUCGGUGGAGCGUUGAUGAAAGAAGGCAAGCUGUUCGACGCCAUGGAAAUGUUUGAGCAGGUCAAAACUCCCCCAGGAAUGUACAAUCUCGCACAGGUAAUCUUCAAACAGUAAACUGCUGUGUUCCUCGUAAGGGCUUACGGUAAUAUCAUCACAGCUGUACCUUGGGGAUAAUUUUGUAAAUUGUGAAUUCUUACGUCAGUUAAAAAUCCGUAACCCAGGGUAAAAGGGGUAAAGUACAGAAGGCGAAGGUGCAUAAAAAAUUUCGGCCAUAAGUUCUUUCAGAGUGAUAAAACAUCCUCUUUUUUAAUCUUACUGUUUGUAGUCCUCCCUCAUCAUACACACCUCUGUCUUUGCAUGUCCAACAGAGAUGCACUUGGCGGGAGGGUUGUGGUGUCGUUAUGAGACAUUUGAAGACAUCGCAUGAAUUAUAAACUAUUUCCAACAAAGUUCAUUUUGCACGUGAUAAAACCCUUGCCCUCAAAAAUGAAAUUCAGAAUAGGAAAGUUCUUCUUGAAUGGUCACACCAUAAAGUUUUUGUCCACGGACUCCAAAGUUAGGUGUCUUAAAAUUGUGUUGUACAUCAAUUGUUGUUUAGGUUUACAAGUAUCUUGCCCAUGUUGAAGCAUGUGCAGCCACUGAAGAGACAGAUACUGAAAGCGCCUGCCCAACCAAAGAAUAUUACCAGAAUCUCCAUGAAGCUCGAGAUCUGCUCCAGUCUUACUUGAAAAUGACAAAAUCUUCUGAU